UACUUAUAUUCACUUGUUUCGUCGAUUGUUUACUCGAUAGAAAUUUGUUGAUUAAUGAUGAGCUUUAAUUGUCAUUUAGUCAAUUAUCGUAAUCAUUAUUCAUCUACUUGGUCAUCUUUAGCUUCAUCUUUUUUUAGCUUUCAUUGCUUGUUUAAAGGUUUACUUGUUGUCGCCUCAUUAACACUUGUCUCAUCAUCUGUGGUUAUAAGUUCAUCAAUUGUUCCUAAUCAUCAUCGUGAAGAUUCAGCUUUCCAGGCUUCUUCAUCCUCAUGGAAUUAUGCUUACCAUUUUAAUUGGCAUCAAGAUGAUCCCAAGGGUCAUCCCAAAGUGUCCAGAUAUGCUGAAACCUCAAACAGUAAACAAUACAUUGAUCCACCUUUUCAGAUUGGACAAGAUGCUCAUCAGCCCAAAGUGAUUAACAGUCGAUCAUAUCGUCAUGUUCAACCAGAGGGUCAGCACAAGGGUCCAUUUCCAUUCAAUGGAGAACCUCAUCAGCCUCAUGCAAAUCAUGAUUCCAGUGCUUUCAUUGAAAAUAUCAGGAAGGAAAUCAUGUCAAGCUUUAAGGAAAGCUUGCCUGAUAAAAGUGGACAUUUCAAUUUCCAUCAUCCACCACCUGAUUACCAUCAUCUUGCUUCACAUCCAAGGGAAAAUAUAUUUGAUCGUUCUGGCGGUCCCUUUCCAAGAGACUUGCAUUUACAGGCUCCAUUUCCACCACCAGGACCACCUAUACCUUCCUCUAUUUUGAUGUCUCCUCACGAAUCUGGAUCAAGUUAUGGGAAGCCAGACGGAAAUCUGAAAAGAAGUCAACGAUCUCACGGAACUCACCAUGAACCAGAGAUUGGACAAACCAGUAAAAGUAAUUCAUGGAAUUUCAAUACCAACCAAGGUUUCUACUAUCGGGUGCAUAAUGUAGAUGGAAAAAAGCAUGAAGAACGAGGUUCUUAUGGGGAUGGACAUCAAUCAGGUCCUUGGGUUGAUCAAGGAAGAUCUUUGGUUCGAGAGAUUAAUCCUAUUAAUGGCUUCGAUAGUCAUUCAAAUGGACCUUUUCCAGAUAAUUUCAUCUUCCCAUCUCAACAUCAGCAUCAACAUCCCCAUCCCCAUCAACAGCACCACCACCAACAUCAGCAUCAACCCCCUCAUCAAGAUCAACAUGCUCCAAUCUGGUUUCAACCAGGAUUCAACAAUAACAACUUUAACCAACAGCACCACGAACCAAGACACAAUAAUAAUGGACCUGGAUUAAACAAUAGAAAUCAUUUCGAACCCAAUAACAACCAUCAAAAUCAACAGCAUCAUCCUUCUCCUCCACCUCAUGAAAUUCGUAAUAAUCAUCGACCCAAUAAUUUCUAAUGACAUGUAGCAACAUUCAAAUUUAAUUUACCAAUAAAACAGAUUCAUUAUGGAAAUGAAUUACAGUUAGUCCCGCAAUAA